CUUGAGGGGAUGUUGGCUGGCGUCGCGGCGCACUUGCGGUAAAUAAGUGGCACGUGAGUGGGAAUGAUAACGGAGGAAAGGCGAGUGGUUAGAGCUAUCGAACAUGUCGACGACUCUCACUUGAGAAACACUCCGGGAGGCCUUUUGAAAUAUUGAAGAAGCUUAAAGGUUGCCAUGUUGAGAUAGCAUCAGGACGGCGCUUUAUAACAGGUGUGUUAUGUCUAUGAAAAAAUUGGCCGUCCUAUCAGCACUGCACAACUAUGGCGGACUAAACAGGACCGAAAUGAACCCCACACCCGGAUCCCCUCCAGCUCCGGUGCAUGGGGUUAACGUCAUGCUGGGAGGGGCCAUGAUCAGCGGCAUCAUUCUUGUUGUCUUCAUUUUCUGCUACUGCUGUCACAAGACACAAAGGAAGUCACAGACGCAUUUGCCUCCGUAUUGGAGGGACCCAGGAGGACUGUCAAUGGAAAUCUACACCGUAGAAGCACAAAGUUGUUUCAGUUCGGAGGAAUUUACCGAAACCCACCACCGACCACCUACACCUGGACCACCUCCAGCCUACGACCUCGUCGUCCCCAUGCACAAAGGCUCCGACUGGGACAAAGGCGACGACGAAGGUGAUUUGCCUAGCUACGAAACCGCCGUCAAACUGCAAGCCCCAGGAACCGGAUAUGUUUGA